UAAUUGAAACUUCUACGAGAGUGAUCUCCCUUGAAGUCAUAACUACAACAAAUUUUAGAAUUUUAAGCCAAUGACAGUUGAGUGCAUCAUUAACUGCGAUCCUGUAGCAGACCAAGAUGGAAGUUCAUGAUCCAAACAAAACCGAGCAGUUGACGAAAAUCAAGAGCUUGCCGAACUUACGAGUCCUAUGCAAACACUCCCUGCAGCAAGAAAGCAGUGCUCAAUGCCAUGGUGCAGCUGCAAUAUAUAGGUCGUCAAAGCCAGACAGAUUAAUAUCUGAUGAGCUUGAUAAAUUUAGAAAGUUAGGCAUAAAAUGCAUCGUUGACUUCAGAUCUAAGACUGAGUACAUGGGAAGUGAUGGUCACAGACUUCUGGACAAAGAAUACCCAGUGUUCUCCGUGAAAAUUAUUAAUAAUGGAAAAAAGAAUAAGGGUGAUGUCCACUAUGAGUACAAACGUCUUCUCGGUGCUACAUCAGAACAGAUGCUUGUUGCCCUAGCCACAGAUGAGCCUUCUUCUGAUUCUGGUGGUGCGCAUGAAAAUGAAAGUUCAUCAGUUGUAAGAAACAGAUUUGACCAAGUCAGUCCUAAGCAGCACGGAAAAGACAAUGUGGGUGUGUCAAAUCCCACAAAGCAAUGGCAAACCUAUGAGGAAGUUGGUGCUAUGGAGAGGAAACACUUUUUGAUAAAUUUUUUUCCUUUCAAAUUCAUCUUUUCCCUGCUGUUUACCCUUCCGUGGCAUUUGAUUCUGAUGGGAUUUAUGCUACUUUUCCUUGAUGUGAUACGACGGAACAAGUUCAAGGGGUUUACAAAGUUCUUUAUUCAAGAAGCAGUGAAUUGUAAAGGAAUUAUUGGUCAAUAUAUCGAUAUUGCUGAAGGUUGUCAACCAUCGAUCUGUGCAGCCCUGAAGCUUGUGUCAGACCCCAACAAUCUACCAGUCUUGAUCAACUGUGCCCACGGCAAGGAUAGAACUGGGAUUGUUUCAGCCAUGAUCCUCUCGUGUCUUGAGAUGCCUAAAGAAUAUGUUGCAGAGGAGUACGCCUUGUCAAAUGAGGGCCUGGCCCCGAUCCACCACCUGGUGUACCGAGACAUCGUGGAGAAGUAUGAGUUCCGGGAGGAGUUCUGCUACUCCGAGGCUGCCACCAUGCUGAAGCUGCUCACCUACUUAGAGAACAAGUAUGGAUCCAUCCAGAACUACAUGGUACACAUCGGCUUCUCCCUGGAGGAUCAGAAACAGCUGCGAGACAUGGUGGACGCGUACGACCAGCGUGAGGUGGGACGCUGCAAGGGAACCACCUGCCGCGCUCCCGAGAGUGGGGAGGGUGUGUCUGCCGUGGAGGGGGGGAGUUCUGUUGCUAGGGGAAGCGAUUCUGUUGCCGAGGAGGCUGUUUCUACUGUUGGUGGGGAGGGGAGUUCUUCUCUGGCUGGGGAAGAAUAGGUAAGGGGCCAGGAGACUUCAGUAGUGUUGCUCUUGUGACCAUAGACUUGCCAAACCAUCAAUAUAUUGUGUUUGAAUUCUAAUUUAUGGGUGUUGGUGGUUGGAGGAUGCUCUGGUGUCUUUUGCUUCUUCUUUCCAAUCAAACAUCUGUCGUCCUUAUCUGUCCUCCU